AUGGAUAAAUCGAGAAUGGAGUACGAUGAUGACAGUGAUAGUCAAGAGGAAAACCUGAUGGAUUUAGAUAAAAUUGAUGAGGAAGAAGAGGAAGUUGGUGAUGUCAAAGCCCCAGAAAUUUAUCUUCCUGGUUAUUCACGAAACCUCGAAGAGGAUGAAGAGCUUGUUAUGGAUAAAUCCGUUUACAGAAUAUACUAUCAACUUCAAGUAGAGGCGCCUUCUCUAUCCUUCGAUACACUUCUCGAUGCUUUUGGUGAUUCCAGAGAGGUUGAAGUUAACUCAACUGAUCCACUUACUAUUUACCUGGCUGCUGGAACACAAGCCCCAGAAGCUCGAGAUAACAGCAUUAUUAUAAUGCGGUUGUCAAACAUGCGGGCUAUGACUAGCAAGGAGGUAAAAGAAGACGAAGAUUCAGAAUCGGAAUCAGAUUCAGAGAGUGACGAAGACCUUGAUGAGGUUCCUGAGGUUGAAGCAGCAAAAAUCAAGCAUCCGAGUGGUACCGUCAAUCGGCUUAGAACUCACAAAUUCCAGGAUAAGUACUUUGCUGCUACUUGGUCAGAAUCUGCAGAGGUGAAUAUAUGGGACCUGAGUCGUCCUCUUUUGGCUGUGAAUGAUUCCGCCGUUAUGUCCCACUAUACCCGUAAUCACGAAUCUCCUAAACCCUGCUUCACAUUCAAAGGACACAAAACAGAGGGCUAUGGUCUCGCCUGGAGUCCUUGUUCUGCGGCGUCCAACUUCUUGGCAACUGGUGACAAUAAUGGUGAUAUCUACAUUUAUAGACCCUGCCCCUCAAAUUGGGUAGUAUCAAAAAAGCCCUAUAAAGGCCAUCAAGGAUCUAUUGAAGAUAUUCAAUGGUCUCCUACGGAACCCACUGUUUUUGUUACAACGUCAACUGACCUCAGCUUUCGCGUGUGGGACACACGCAGUGGACCAAAUGCUUCAGCAAUGAUUACUGUUCCAGAUGCUCACUCUUCAGAUAUAAAUGUGGCCUCAUGGAAUGCUCUCCAGUCGGGAACUCUUCUUACUGGUGCUGAUGAUGGGUGUAUUCGUGUCUGGGAUCUUCGUAUGGUACAUCAACGAUAUGGACCGAAACGAGGCUCAUUGGCUUCUGAUAGCUCAAUCUCGGCCUUCACGCAUUCAUUUGAUUUCCAUAAGAAAGCGAUUACAUCAAUCGAAUGGCAUCCAACAGAAGCUGGUACUUUUGUGGCAAGCUCAGAGGAUAAUACAACAAGUCUGUGGGAUUUGGGUCUCGAGCAGGGCGCAGAAGUAGGAACUGAAUCGGCUGAGUCUUUUGCUGCUGAAAUUGAUCAAAAAUUGCCUAUCCAAUUACUUUUUCUUCAUAGCGGACAACAGGAGGUGCGGGAAAGCCACUGGCAUCCCCAGGUUCCUGGUCUUAUUAUCUCCACUGCUUUGGAUGGAUUCAACGUAUUCCGCACUAUUAGUGUAUAA